GUUUCGUGGUGUGAGGACGUUAUCUGUGUACGUUCUGAUACGAAAACUUUCCUCGAGUGUACGGUGUAAACAUUAAUGUAUUUCAUAUUUAACCUUAUUCGCGUGUCAAUUUGACUCUACAGUGUAAAUUCCGUGAUUGUGUGUUGGACUCUAUUGGAUUUUAUAACCCUUGUGUUUACACGAAGGAAAACUAAAUAAGAUCUCCCUGUGUGAUGUCCGAGUGACAUUUGUACGAUGAUCCGUGAUCCGCCUGCCAUGCACAAAACUGAUAAUACUCCAAGUCAACAAGACGAAAAUAAAUAUGGCCUCAAUAGCAGUGUUGUGGGCAACACUGGCGGUGCCAGACUCUGUGCCCAAUGCGGGAAGGUCAUCACUGAACGAUUCCUUUUAAAAGCCAUGGAGAGGUUUUGGCACGAAGACUGUCUCAAAUGUGGAUGCUGCGAUUGUCGCCUCGGCGAAGUGGGCUCCAAGUUGUAUUAUAAAGCUGAUCUCAUGCUGUGCAAAAGAGAUUAUCUUAGGUUAUUUGGUGCCACGGGCAAUUGUGUGGCGUGCAAUAAAGUUAUUCCCGCCUUUGAAAUGGUUAUGCGAGCAAAGAGUUUCGUUUACCAUUUGGAGUGUUUCGCCUGUCAACAGUGCAAUCACAGGUUCUGCGUGGGUGACAGAUUUUACUUAUGCGACAACAAAAUACUCUGCGAGUAUGAUUACGAAGAGAGACUGGUUUUUGCCAGUAUGGCGGCUAAUCCCACCGGCUUAGCUCACAUCCGGAGGCAAGUCAGCGGCCUACAGUCACCGAGUGGAGGAUACGUAGGUGGCGCGGCGUGCGCAGGAAAUCCCGCGGCGUUGGUGGAAAAGGAUAACGGAGGCUGCGCGGGCGCAGACGACGCGUCGAGCGGAUACGGAAGCCCGCCAGACCCCGAUGUGUGUGACGCGGCACGAUGACCGACAAUGCCGCGCCGACAUCUUGCCUCGGUAAAACCGCACUGAGAGGUAGCAGGGCGGCGCAUGAACGAUAUUCAAAGGAAAU